UUCUUUAAAGGUUCUUUGGCCACCCAGGUGAUACCAUCACAAUUUUUGGACAUAAACAAGAUAAGUGUGACAGUGGACACUGUUUGUUCGAAGUUUUCAUGCUGCUAAGUAUUGUCAUGGUUGGGAAACAGGUCUUCAAUAAUGUAUAUAAUUUUGUAAUAAUGAAGUUCACAUACUGGUGGAGAUCCUAUAGGAGAUCCAGAGGAAGGGAUAUUCCUCAACAAGCAACUACCCGUUGGGAAAAAGACUAUAACUUGGAUCCUGCUGAUACAAUGGCACUUUUUGAUGAAUAUUUAGCAAUGGUUAUUCAGUUUGGCUUCCUGACAUUAUUUGUAUCAGGUUUCCCUUUGGCACCAGCAUUUGCUCUACUCAACAGUGUGAUAGAAAUUCGUUUAGAUGCCUACAAAUUUGUGACACAUUUGAGGAGACCUCUUCCUUUACAAGUACAAAAUAUUGGAGCUUGGCAAUCUAUUUUGAAAGGAUUAUCAUCAGUUGCUAUUGUUACUAAUUCUUUCUUAAUAGCCUACACAACUAAUUUUAUCCCCCGACUUGUGUAUAUGUUCAUCUACAGCUAUGAUGGUAGCCUGACAGGAUAUGUAAACAAUUCUUUGUCUUAUUUUGACACAAGUGACUUUACUGAUAUAAAUAAACCAGAAACCAUGACUUUAGAUGGAAAGCAUGUACAUACCUGCAGAUAUUUGGACUAUCGACAUCCACCAAGUUAUGAGAACAAGUACACUUUUUCUUUACAGUAUUGGCACAUUUUUGCUGCUAGACUAGCUUUUAUUGUAGUCUUUGAGCAUUUGGUCAUAUUUGUUACAAGUCUUAUAGCUUAUUAUAUACCUGACAUCCCCCGCAAUGUUCAGACACAAAUCCAACGAGAACAGAUUUUAGCACAAGCAGCUCUUUACCGGGAUGAGAUGAGACACAGUAGAAGACCUGGAGACCAAAGACAUCAAAGAUCCAGAGAUUUCAGUAGCCAAAGUUCAGAUCAAAAUAAUGGUAAUCUAAUGUAUAGUCCAACAGAUUGUAGCUGUGGGGAAGAUUCAUACUAUACUUUAUAGACUCUUAUUACACACCUUUUUAUCCCAGUUUGUUUUCUUUUUCUUCAAUUAUGUUUUUUCUUUGUACUUUUUAUUUACUUGAACUAAAGUUUUACUGUUAUUUUCAAUAUGCAAUGUGAUUUGUGUUUAACAGUGUAGCUUUAUUAAGAUAAUUUUUCCACAUAAAGUCAGGAUGUUAUUAUGUAUAUAUUACCAUAGUACUCUGUUUCUAAGUGUUAUCAAACUGUGAUGUGCAUUUGAAGCGGAUAUUAUUUUUGUUUUGUUUUUAGUAUAAAGUUUAUCAGAAGUAGUGCUUCAAAAUGAUUUUAUAGGUCCUGC